AAAGAUGUGUCCGACUAAAUAAAAUAUUCAGUUUCAAGUGGUACGAAUUCCUGACAACGCCGAUAAAAUUAUGGACAGAUUGAAUUUUUACCUGCUGGCCAUUCUGGCUGUCCUGGCGACUAUCGUUGCUCAAGAAACAUACUCGGACAUGUUCGAUCACAUCAAUCCUGACGAAAUUUUGCCGAACGAUGAGCUUCGAAAUCAAUAUUAUAAUUGCUUCAUGGACAGGGGCCCGUGCGUGACAGAUGAUCAGAAAUAUUUCAGACAAAAUAUCGCUGAAGCGUUCGUAACAAAAUGCCAAAAAUGUACGGAAACACAAAUGAAGAAUUAUGGAAAGAUAGUCGAAUGGUACACCGAGAAUCGUCCCGACGAGUGGCAGGCCAUGGUAGAAAAGCUCUUGGAAGAGGCGAAGAAGUUGAACAUUACGCCCGCAUGAUGUUGCCAACUGGCACAUUUCGCGCUAUCAUGUAUACUUAAUUGUGAAAUAACAAAUAACGAUCCUGCAUCUGUGUAGUUUUCCAAGAUAUAGCUGCAAUAUAUGAUACCGAGCAUGUAGACGAGAGAAAGAUUUAGCAAUGUUGCGUAUAUAAUUUUAACUGAUAAUAAAAGCCGCUUUGUGACGGGUU